UUACUGUUUGCGGAUUGCAAUGUCGCAGACGGUUAAAAAAAUGGCAGCGCUGGGUACUGGUAGUCCGUACUUCGUCUCUAUCCGUCGACACUCUGACCGUGAAUAUUUACGCUGAGAAGAAAAAAACAAGAGUUAAGUUGAAAUCGAUUUAAAAUGAGUCAAACCGCAGAGUCCGGGAAAGAAGUCGAUGAAAGUAAUGACGAUCAGGAGGAUUUUUCAUUAUCACAUGAAGAAAAUGUGGAAAACACAUUGGCUUCAUUCAGGGAAAGAUGGCAACGAGAACUUGAAAUAUCACCCAGAAAGGAACCAAACAUACAAGUUUCUCAAAUCUCAAAUAACAUCCCUUCAGAAGGAGAUUCAGCAUCCAUUGAAAACAAGGCUAAAACCUUAUUCCUCAAAGGUAUAGAGAAUGAGCAAAAUGGCAAACUGUAUGAAGCAAUUCAGUUCUAUAAACGUGCUGUACAGCUCAUACCUGACAUUGAGUUUCGCUUGUAUGAAUCUACAAAACCAAAAACACGUGAGAGGCUUGAUCCUGAGAACAGCAUAGAAGUACAAGAUAAAGAUCCAGGCAUAGAGAUGGACGAGGAAGAAGAUAACGAAGAUGAUGGAGAUCUACUUACUAAAAUAACACGAAUUAUUUGUAAAAAUCAACGUGUUUGUUCUCCGCAAUUUGAGCAAAGUACAACGCAUAUAUCAGCCUUACCUAUGGAGAUAAUAUUAUACAUUCUGAGAUGGGUGGUUUCAUCAGAGCUUGAUUUAAGAUCCCUAGAGGUGUUUGCAAAAGUAUGUCGUGGUUUUUUCGUAUCAGCUAGAGACGAUGAGAUUUGGAGAUUAGCUUGCAUCAAAGCAUGGGGUGUAAAUUGUGGUACAUUUGAGCCUGAUUACAAAUCGUGGAGACAAAUGUUCGUAGAACGUCCAAGACUUCGUUACAACGGCUGCUACAUCAGUAAAACAUCCUAUGUACGUCACGGUGAAAACAGUUUUCAAGAUCAAUUUUAUAGGCCAUGGCAUCUUGUUGAAUACUUCAGGUAUCUUCGCUUCUUCCCAGAGGGUCGAGUUUUAAUGCUAACAUCGGCAGACGAAGCUCAGAGUUGUGUGAAUUCUUUGAAACAACGAAAUCCAAAAAACCCUUCAGUAUUGAUUGGUCAUUACAGGCUUCACUUAAAUUGUGUAAUAUUGGUAUUAAAAAGCCAAGAAACCAAAACAAAUAACAAUGCUUACCGGCGUAGAAGAAGAGACCCAAUUCACGAUAGUGGCGAAAAGACUUUUCACUUGGAAUUUGAGAUUCAAAACUUUUAUAAGAGGGCCAAUUCGCAGCUAGCUUGGAAAACUUACAACAUAUUCACCAAGUACUGGAACGGGCAAGAAAACAGUACAUGCCUAAAUCUCGCAGGAAGCUUGUACCCUGCUUUCAAAUUCAGCCGUGUAAAAAGUUAUACUAUGGAAAGUGAAUCACCAUUACAAUAAAUAUAUUACGUAUUUUUUUAAUCAGAUUUUGACAUGUUGCGAUGUAAUUAUGUAUAGUUAUGAAUGCUUUAGAUAUCUGAUAGUUGUUCGGGAUUGCGAUAAGUUUCUUCACUUUUCUCUCAAUAUUCUUAAUUAUAUAAUCUGGUAAAAUGGUCUACCGAAUUAAUGCAAUCGCUGAAUCGAUUUGCUGAUUUAUCAUUUAUACACACAGUACGUUUAAAUAUAACAAUUUUGUACACAUGAUAUGCAAUUUUAAUCACAUGUACGUACAAAUUAUGUGUACAUUGAAGGUGAAAAAUGUGUUACUUUACUUUUUCUUGCAGACUCUUUGAUAAGUAUUUAACGUUAUUUUAUAAAGAAUAUUUUACGUGAAAAUUGGCAAUUUUUCUCCAUGAGAGUCAGUGGAUGGCCGUCACUGUAUUGUGUUUUAUUCAGCAGAACGAAAUAUAUCUGUCAUGCUCCUAUUCCGAUGAAGAUUCUCUUUUUCGGAUAGAACUUUAGCAUUUAUUAACUUUCAUUCAAACUUGGAGAGUUGAAUAGCUGUGAUCGAUUGAAAUUCAGUAACGUUAUAGAAAAAUGUACAUUUAUUUAAAGUACGGCUAAAAACCAACUUGAAUAUAA